AGUAUUGUACAAAGUACUCAGACGCUAUCAGAAGAUUUCUUUGUCUUGAUAUUAUUGAAAAAACAUUCGAAAAUACCACGUAAUUUUUAUGAUGCGCAUCCAGUAUGGCGCAGAACAAUAAAAUGGAGGUGCAUCGACGUCAAGUAUUGUGACGUCAGAUCAUCAGACUAUCGUGUCACGGCGAUAAUUGUCCCCACUUGGUCAAGUCAAGCCUUAUUGACACAAAGCAGUUGUUAUUAUACUUGAUGAAAGUCCCAUGCCGUCACACAACGAGGAUAAAAGUCUCAGGAACGUGACAAGCGUGAACAGGUGCCAUCGAACGUCGUUCCUAACUCCAGCAGAGCAAAAAAGAAGACUAGCACGAGAGGAAAAUCAUGGCAGCUUAUCGAGUGCGAAAUGAUUCGAAUUCUGCCAUCACUACAAUCUUUUUUGACUUGGACAACACCCUCAUCGAGACCAGAAAGGGAGACAGUUUAGCUUGUAAAAAGUUUAUAAUCUAGAGUGAAAACAGUACAGAGUACAGUAGUGUUCGUAUCUCGUGGAAACCUUGAAGAGAAGUAGACUGAAGGGCGCGAGAGGUCACGCGAGUCUCAGCAACACACGAGUCUGGUUCACAAUCAUGUGCAGGAAUACGUCGUGUUUGGUAAAUUUGUUUAUAAAUGCGUUCCAAUUCAUUUUAAAGUAACAAAAAAAAAACUUAUACGUCACGUCAACGUUGGUAAAUGCGUUCAGUUCCUCGUGGUGAGUGCGCGAGUCUUUCUUUAUCAUUAACGUUGUUAUAUCGUCGUCCUACGAAGAAAACUCACACCGAGUGUUCAACGAAAAUAGAAGAGUAUGUAACACGAGCCGUUUCCUCAUAUAGCUCUAUCUCCACACGUCGGUGACUAUUUUCGGCGUCAAUAUACAACAGAUGCUUUGCAGUCUUCAUCUCGCGUAUACGUUAAGAAAGUACACCUCCUGCUGCUUAAGUCUAACCGAGAGGUUAGGUAGUAAAUCCUCAAGCAAGUACUUUUGAUAAAAAAGUCUUGGACAAGGUUAUUUUUAUCAUCAAGUGCAUCUUGAAGAUUCUGUUAGCAUGAUCAGAGAUUAAUACUCUGAGAUCUAGUGUUCAGUUAAGUAGAUGUGUUAAAACUAUUAACAUUGGUGACCACUUAGUGUUUCCAAGAAAAUUAACUCUUCAUUCAAGAAAACGACCAAAACAGCAAGUUAUUUUAAUCUUUCAAGAAGAAAUAGCGUGUCAAAGGGCAAGGUUAAAGAAUCUUUACAUUCUAGGAGAGAUGCCAAUUGGCUUUGAACGUUUAUAAACUGGUAAAACACUGAUUGAACUCAGAAGACUGAAUAAACAUAAUUGAACUCUUGUACUACUAUUAAGAUUAAGUGAAUAAUUUAAGUGGCCAGUUUGAUUCCAGCUAAAGACUCAAUAAAUUCUAUCAACAUGAGUAUCCCGGAAGGAGUAACUAAGUGUGCGUCAAUUCUUAAAGCAGUUAGUGGUGAUUCUGAGAAAUUUGCUGCACUUUUCAUGGUAACUAAACUGGUGGAUAGUAAAGAUUGCAGUUCAGCAGCUAAGAAAUUAUUGUUCGAAGCCAUUGGAGCAAAAUUUAUGAAAAAAUUAUUGAUCAGUGAUGAUGUUCCAGUAGAAUGUCCACCUCAAGUUUAUAAAUCUGUUGCUCUCUCGAUACUUUCAGCUUUUUGUACAGAUCCAGAGUUAGCUGCUCAUCCUGAUAUGAUCAUCCACGUGCCUGCUCUUUUGGAAAUAGUUUCUCAGGCUGAUGAAGAUGCUCCUGAUGAUACUUUGAUAAUCGUCAGUGAAGCUUAUACUUGUUUACAAAGCAUCGCACAAUAUCCACCAGGACAAAAAGCACUUUUAGACCAAAGAGCUAUUCCAAGGAUGUGUGAAAUUUAUUCAGAAAAGAGUUUUCAAACUGAUCAGGCUUUGAAUAUUCUCGUAACUCUUGUAAGUCAGCUGGGUCCUGAAGCUUGGGAUGCAAAAGAUACUGCACCUUUCCAUGCAAUCAUGAAUAAAAUAGCAUUAGACUUUGAAACAGAUCAUUCAGAAAGGAAGUUUGAAUUAUGUUCUAUUUUACGAGCUUUAGUUUCAUCGUGUAGAAAAGACGCAGUUGCGAGCACCAGCAAAGAAGAAUCUUGGCCUCAAAGUGUACACAAAGGUCUUAGUGAUAUAUUAGGCUCAAAAAUAACAAAAAAUCAACGAGAUCCAGCAUUAAAACUUGCAGCAGCUGUUAUUGAACUUCUUGGAGUUGAAUGGACUCUGAUUGAUGAAGAAAAGCCCAAAGUAUUGUUUUUAAUUCUUAUUCAAUUGUCUUCUAUUGAAGUGAGAAUGCAAUUAGAAGGAAAACAACUGAAAACUGUUAUAACUAAUGCUGAAUUGGUAACAUCUUGUUUUAUUAUUUUAGAAAUUAUGUUGUCAUAUAUUACCACUGAUCAACUGGAUUUAGAGCAAAAAGAAAAGCAAUCUUUGUACACAGCGCUAAAAGGAGCAUUUUCUGCUGUCAUUGGUUUGCUUACAAAUAUUUCUAAAAUGAAAGAAUUAACAGAUAUCAAAGAGCGAGUCUUUGUCUGUGCCAUGGUGAGAGUUUUAGCUGCUUGGCUUGCUCAGGAAACUUCAGCAAUGCGCCCACAAGUAUAUGCUGUACUGCCUUAUAUGUUAACAAUUGCUAAUGACACAUUUUAUGCUCAUCGAAAUAGAAAAUUAUCAGAGAAAGCUAAAGCUUUAGCUAAACCUGAUGAAGGAUCAUCAUCUGGAGAGCCUGUAGUACAUGACCCUUUGAGUGAAAUUGAUGUCCUUAGAGUUAUGCUGCCAGCAUUAUGUUACUUAGCUGUUGAAGAGGAAGCUAGAAAAAUUCUCUUGAAACAUAAACAAGAAGAAAUUCUUUUUGAAUGUCUAUCUUAUCAUUGGACUAUUGUUCAUUAUAAAAAACCACCAGUUCCUCGUUCAGAGCGCCUGAAGGCAAUUAAAGAGCCUGAGAAAGAACUCGACCCUCAUCUUUUAGAAGAGAUGAAGGAUUCUCGUGCUGCUAUGGUUUCUAUAUGCAACGUUUUGAUGAAUAUUACAGUUCUUGAAGCAAAGUUAGUUGAGCAAUCAUCAACUUUCAUUGGUCUACUGAAGUUUAUUUUCAAUAAUCUGCCAGAACUUAAACAAACUAGUGAAAACCUUGUUCUCCACGGCCAUCUUGCAGUUCUAGGACUUUUACUGCUCAAACAGCAAGCAAAGUUGGUGAAGAAGAAUGACUUUAGCAUUUGUCGUUAUAUUCAGGCUACAAUAAGAUUUCUGUGGGAUGCUUAUACUGUGGAUGAAGGAGAUUAUCAUCCAGAACUUGUUGUUUCCAUGGCUUAUAAAGAACAUUGGAUGGAAAUAAUGGAAUUAUGGUUCUUAGGAAUGCAGACAAUGGCUAGUGUCGUACAACAAAUUCCAUGGCUUUCAGAGUUUGCUAUUGAAUCUGGAUGGGUCGAAGGAAUUUUCGAUAUCUUAAAGAAAGUUCGAACUGGUUCUCUUCCACCGAAUGUCAAAUCUGCUUAUGAAGAUUUACUUUGUCAUCUAGUCAAAGCUGAUUCAAGAGUUAGUGCUGUAUUGAAGAAAUGCGACGCACUUACUGUCUGUAGAAAUCAUCGUAUGAUGGAUUUGGGCAAGUGUUUAUUUGGAGACUAAGAAGAAAAUAUAGAAGAAGAUCAAACAUGAAUAUUUAAUAUGACUGUAUGAAAUGGUUGUGUGAAUAAUUAAAAAAUCGUUUAAUUGACUGAUAGAAUUGGAAUAAAAAAGUUGUUUGCAAUUGAAAAAAACUCAGUAAAAAAAUAGUUUAAUCUAUUCUAAUGGAUUAUUUAUGUAAUAGCAUUUAAAUUUAUGAUUCACUAAAGCAUUACUGCUCAUUGUGUGGAAUGAUAGAUUAUAGACAGAGUUUCUCAUUAUAUUUUUAGGCGCAUCAUACCUAGAAAUAGUUCUUUGGCAAGCUAGACGAUGCUGAAAAUUGUAUUUAUACUUUCUUAGUCGAAUGAUAUUAGUCAUUUGAAUUGAUAAACAUGUUUACUCACUUUUGAUCAAUGGAGUACUUCAUAAAUUGUAUUUUUACUUAUUUCUACAUUUCUUGCAACAACUCAUUACUAGAAUAUUUUAUCAGAAAAAUUUUUGUGUAUUAUUUUUCUGAGUAAAUUUUUGUUUCAAACAACCAGCAUCGUCUUGGUGGCUGUGCUAUUUUUAUUUCUUUUUUACGAUGCGAUUUUCUACAACCAGAUUAAUACGAAAAAUUAUAAUUUUUUCAACAAAUAAUAAAACCAGAAAUUGAUUUAAUGAGUCAGACUAAAAAUUUCUCAAAGUAAUAAACAUUACAUAAAAAUUGAAACUAUAAAAACACAAGAAAAAAAUGUAUCAAAAAAAUUGUAAUUGAUUAAACGAAAUUAAUUUUUAUAAAUUUCGUAUUUUUUAUUUAUUUAUGAUCUCCUUGGUUAUAAACAUUGGUGUGCUUUCAACAUUUUUUGUUAUCAGACUUAUUUGGAAACAAAUUUCUAUUGCCAAUUAAGUCUGUUGUUGGCACAACUGAUUUUGUUGUGAUUACAGCAGUGUCCGUGGGUGCGUCUUCAAGUGUCCAAAUAAAUCGGCACGGGUAUUUGAUUCAGUCAAUGCAAUUUUCUAGGUAAUCACCAACUAUGAAUUAAGCGUCUUAAUUUAGCCUAAUUUUUCAUUCUACAGACUGAUGAGCCCAUUUUAGUAUUUAAUGAAUGCCACAUUCAAUAAUUUUACUGUUUUCUGCCAAGACAUGUUGCCAAUUUGAUGUGCUAAUUAUGAAUAUUUUCAAAAAUUUCAUAAUUUAAUACUUCGUGAUAUCAUCAAGACGCAGUAGAAUAAUUUGGAUGUGGUAUCAACUGUUUCAAUUCUUCCCUUUUGCUUUGUAACAU